AUGCCAUUCAUCGAAAACCAGACCACCACGGCAGAGCCCAUCGUCCCAGUCGACGUCAAAGGCAAAGACGCCUUCCAUAAGCUAGUAGAAGACCUCAGUGCCGUCCUGGGACCGGCUUCCGGACUGGAUUCCAGCGAUGUUGACCCAAUGGACAUCCAGAAACUGAUGGAGGGAUACGUAUCCAACCACCAGGAGUGGCAGCGUUAUGCGUUGGCAGACACCUCCAGGGCCUAUACCAGAAACCUCGUGGACGAGGGCAACGGCAAGAGCAACUUGCUCAUCCUCGUUUGGAACCCUGGCAAGUCCAGUCCAAUCCACGACCAUGCUAAUGCCCACUGCGUAAUGAAGAUCCUGCAUGGUUCGCUGAAGGAGCAGCGUUAUGACUGGCCUGAGCAAGAGAAAGUCGAGAAUGGCGAAGCAUGCCCCCUGACUGUCACCAAGGAGACCAUCCUCCGAGAGAAUGAAGUGGCAUACAUGUCCGACCAGCUUGGUCUGCACAAGAUCUCCAACCCGGAUCCAGAAGAGUUUGCCAUCUCUCUGCACUUGUAUACUCCUCCAAAUGCUGCUCACUUUGGCUGUUCCAUGUUCGAUGAACGAACAGGCAGGGCUCAGCACGUCAAGCAAUGUACCUUCUUCUCCAACCGGGGACUGAAGCUGUAG